GGGAGAUCCCAUGUGAGAUUUACCAGUUCAAAUGAUGAUGAUGGGUAGGCCUCUCACCAUUAACAAAUCUGCACGAAAGCACAGAUCUUGAAGUUGACACUUAACUACACUACUAGACAUCUCAGAUCUAAUGCUGACUAUCUCUCUCGUUCUCUGUGUGAUGACGUAAAAAAUAAAAAAAAGUGCUGGGUAACUUACUAUGCUCUUCCUCGCUUUGCAUCUACUACACUCCCUCCACUUUGGACUUCAAGAUGCUUAGAUGUGCUAUUGGCGGCUACUCUAUCCUAAGCCUACUCCACUGACCAAUCAUGAGCAGGAAUAGUUUGAGAGAAUCUCUCGCAGGAGGCAGGAAUAUGCCGCCGGGAUCUCAUUCCCAGCAUUCCCGCCGAGGUCAAGGUUUGACCGGCUUUUCCAGAGACACCGACGAGAACUUGGAUCUCUUCUCCAAGAACCGCCGCAAUCUCUCUGUCGCCUCUUCUGACGAAUCUUCCAAUGUUUCGGUGAAACUAGAAAGACUUUCCGUUGGAGCAGCCAAACUAACAAAGAGCGGGCUUGAUGAUCUAUUGUCUUCCACAGAUGGAGGGAAGCAUGAUUAUGACUGGCUUCUCACUCCUCCUGGAACUCCUCUCUUUCCAUCAUCGGAAGGCAGUGAGUCACAACCAACUUCAGUGGCUCCAAGAAGCAGUUCCUUGGCUAGAUCAGUUUCUACUACUAAAGCUUCCAGGCUUUCUGUCUCACAAUCAGAGAGCUACCAUUCCACUAGACCAACUAGAAGCAGUUCAGUGACUCGCUCAUCUAUCUCAUCUUCACAAUUUAGUACCUAUUCAUCAAAUAGAUCCUCUUCAAUCCUAAAUACAAGCUCAGCUUCAGUUUCAUCUUACACCAGACCAUCCUCCCCAAUCACCCGCUCUCCAUCUACAGCGAGACCUUGCGCGCCAUCUGCUCGGCCAACAACAUCACGUCCCUCAACUCCAUGUAGAGUUCGUCCAGCCCCCACCAGCUCUUUAAUUGACAAGACUCGCCAAUCCCAAAGCUCAAGGCCCUCAACUCCAAGUUCUAGGGCGCAAAUUCCUGCAAACUUGAAUUCAACUGUGACUCGUUCAAAUUCUUGCCCAUCUACUCCCACACGUCAGAAUCCAUUACUGUCAUCUGCCUCAGGUCCUUCAACUUCAGCUGGGCGUGUUCUUUCAAAUGGGCGCACAUCUACACCAACAUCUCGACCAAGUUCCCCAGGGCUCCGAAUCCGGCCUCCACAACAGCCAGUUGUUCCUCCUGAUUUUCCCCUUGACACACCUCCAAACCUUAGAACAACUUUGCCAGAUAGACCACUCUCUGCUGGUAGGUCCCGGCCUGGUGCGGCAGUCACUACGAAACGGAACCCAGAAACUACAGGCCCAACAAAUGUGCCAAGACGACAUUCAUCUCCAAUUGUCUCAAGGGGAAGACUCUCAGAAGCCCCUGUAAAGGGUCGUGUUCAUUCCAAUGGGCAUGUAGUUGAUAUGUCUGAGCCUCGAAAAGUUUCACAUGUUUUGGAUUUGGGAAUGCGGAAAUCUGUUAAGUCAUCAUCAACUGCCACAGAGAGUACUGGGUUUGGGAGGACAAUAUCAAAGAAGUCUUUGGAUAUGGCUAUCAGGCACAUGGACAUAAGAAAUGGCACAGGAAGCACUCGUGUACUUUCAGGCACGACUCUUUUCCCUCAGAGCAUUCGAUCUGCUUCCAAAGCCCAAUCUGUUCGCUCUAUGAAUGCUUCAGAAUCCAUUAACAAUGGAGAUAUUUUGGAGAAUGGAAACCAUAUGAGCAGGCCUGCAGAAAUUGAAAGUGAAGCUAUGCAUGGAAGAUACUCUGCAAAAUUGAGUGAAGUUGACAUUUAUGAAAGCUCCCGGUAUGAUGCGAUAUUACUUAAAGAGGAUUUAAAGAACACCAACUGGCUGCAUAGUAUUGAUGAUCAAUAUGAUCAAGGGUCAAUCUUUGAUAAUGGAUUCGAGUCCCUGCCUGAACCGUUUGGCCCAUUAUAGCAUCAGAUGAGUGUUUUUUUCCCCCUCAAGAUAUUUAAUUUUUUUAUAAUUUUUUUUAUUCUCUUAAAAUAUGUGCUUACUUGGAAAAAAGAAAUGAAAUAUGUGCUUACAUUA